AUGAGAGUGCUGAGUGUACUGCUGGAAAAGCCCAGCCUGUCGAUCAGGCAGGAUCCCAGCCUGCUGCUGACCGGUGACACUCUGAGCAAAGCUCACUGCCGGUACCUUCCAGGCUCAGACAAUCGUGGGGAUUACACACUGUCACCUGUCUCAGGGCUGUUGGACAGGCUCACUGUGUCCGAAAGGACACAGCUGCUGGACUGGGUCUAUGGCAGAGUAUUCCGGAUCAUGGAUGAUGACAACAAUCGGACACUUGACUUCAAGGAGUUUUCGAAAGGUCUGAGUGAUUAUGGUGUGCUUUUGGAAAAGAAGGACAUUGAAGCAUGUUUCAAACAUUUCGACAAAGAUUCAAGUGGAACCAUUGACUUUGAUGAGUUUCUCCUGACUCUGCGGCCUCCCAUGUCGAAUGCAAGGAAAGAAGUCAUUCAACAAGCCUUUCGUAAACUGGACAAGACAGGAGAUGGUGUGAUAACGAUUGAGGAUCUGCGCGGUGUGUACAAUGCCAAACAUCAUCCCAAGUAUCAGAACGGGGAGUGGACGGAGGAACAGGUCUUCAAGAUUUUCUUGGAUAAUUUUGACUCGCCUGACGAUAAGGAUGGAAUUGUGAGUGAGAGAGGGGGGGGGCUGGUCCCUCAAUAGCCAGAACCCUCUUUUCAGGGAUUACAGCCUGUGAUGUCUUACUGGGCUUGGUCUCUGGUUUACUGCGCAUGCUCCUAUCCGUCUGAUAGCGACUCAUUGUUACUCUUCCCCAGCCGCCUCCUCAUUUCCUGGACAGUGACAGUCAGGGCACAUUUUCACAAUCCCGUGGGGGUGGCUUUUGUUUUGUCAGCUUGCCCUUAAUAUUUCGAUUGGGGUCAGUUAGUUACAUUGGCUGGACUGUGAUGCAGAGUGAUGCCAGCCGUGUGCGUUCACUUCGCACACCAGCUGAGGUUACCA